AUCAAAAUGACCUAGUGCGCGGGGUAAACUCCGCGCUUCUAGACUAGGGACCAUGCAUAAAUAUGCGGCGAAGUCGACAUUACUCUCGGUUAGUUUUUUCCAAUCUACGCGAUCUCGCUCUCUGCCCUCAACGUUUAUGUCGUGACCGUUCGCUCCUUACAAGUCAUUCAUUAUAUCGGAAGUACCAUACUUGCUAUGUCCGAAGGCGCUCUUUCGUCCCUCGCUAAACCCGUUGCACUAUGGCUCAUGCGAGCCAGGGGUUGGCACCGCCGACCAAUGCUCGUGAAGCAGCUUAUCCUGUUCGCCGUGGUCGCCGUACUUGCACUCCCUCUACUCUAUAUGCCAAGUGUGCGCGAUAUCGACAUACCGGUACUUAAACCAGAAACCUAUAGUGCGCUAUCCACCCCAAUACUUUCUUCGACCACUGUUCUUGCGAACAAAGCAGAACACGUGUCCUCAAAUAUAGACAGCCACAUGAACGGAGACGGGCAUGGCCCUGUCGACGCUGUUCACCCUCCGCUUGUCGAAGAUAUAUCAAUAUCAGAUGCGCCAUUGAGUCCCAGCGACCAUUUCCUUUCGUCGCCGACCGCACCUUCCCAGCCGGUCACAUUUGCCCUAAUUAUGUGGUCUGAGGACUCGGCCAGUGAGGGCGCGAUUCUGCUAAAGUCGAUCAUGAUGUACACGUCCGUACCGGUCCACGUAUACAUCAUCUGCGACGAACAGGCGCAGGCGCACAUCGAAAAGCGACUGGCACUAGUCAGACGUCCGCGACAUGACCUGCACGUCUUUUUCUACCGCUUGUCUUGGCAGGCAAUGCUCGGUCGCGUAGAGCGCGAAGGCAGUAUCAGCACCGUCCAUGCAGCCGGCACUCCGGGGCUUAUGAAGCUCUUCAUCCACGAAAUACUGCCCACUCACGUGCGCCGCGCAAUCUUUGUUGAUACAGACGCCUUCUUUACGACCGACCCGUUGCUGCUAUGGCGCCAGUUCGGUACCUUCAACGCCACGACGGCGAUUGCACUGCCGUCGCACCCUGAAAUGUUCGCCCCGGAGUGGUACGAUGCGAACAAGAUCUGUUCGUGCGUGAUGCUGCUCGACCUCGAGCGAUUUCGCACGCUCAGACUCAUGGACUCGACGCAUUACCGCACGGCAGGCCUGCCUGCGCUUGCGCCUGCCACCUUCCGCGCGCUCUUCGGCGAACCCGACGCCGCAACAGGCCACUUCGCAGACGCCGCGCUCGGCGACCAGACUUUCUGGUGGGCUAUCAUCCAAGGCCGCCCCGAGCUGUUCAAGCACCUGCACUACGACUGGGAGGUCUCGAGCUGCCUGGUCGAAAUGUAUGGCACCGGCCUCAUCGGUAACGACAACGUGACAGUCGAGAACGAGCUCCACGCGCAAAUGCACACGUGGGCGACACCGCACCAGGGCGAGGCGAUCAUGCCCAAGCUUGUGCAUUUCAACUGUCUCGAGGGCCCGCGGUACCAUGAAUGGGCAGGCUGGGACGACCCAACUAACAGUCUUGCGAGUCGCUGGGCACCUGCUGUGCAAUACCACGCUGGUUACAAGUGGCUAUGGCUAAACCAGGGACAAAAAGACGAGGCUUCGAUCACGACGGAGACCGUCCUUGACGUGCGCUUUGCAGACGAGCUGCAAGAGUGAUGAUUUUGCGUUAUCUACAAUAUCUACCCUUAUAGCAAGUGUAGUACCUUAAUUACAAGUCUUGUUUCUGUCUUUUUGUCGUGUAAUGGCAAUUAAUAUU